AGGAGAAGGUGCUUGGAGCUGUCUGCAAAGAAUACCCAGCACUCUGACAGCCACUGAGAGAGAGUGAGGGGAGAACUCUAAGGCAGGGAAGUGUUGCUCCUGGUUCAGGAAGAUCUGUGCUGUUACUCCUUUGAGCCUGGCUUUUCCAUCUAGACAGCAGGUAUUAUUGAAGCCUCUUUGGGAUGUACCUGAAGAUGUGAUUGGCUCUGAAAUGCACCAGAGGGAUUUUGCUGAGGGGACUUUUCUCCAAAGUCCAAUUGUAUUUGGUGUAUGACCCUAUUAAUCCAACAAGAGUUUUCCUCUUGGAUAGAAACCAUGAGGAAUUCCUGGAACAGUUUUCUCCCCUUAACCAUUGCACUUUUUAUGGGGGUUGUAGAGUGUCAGAGAGACCUUGCUGGGCGUCUGGAUCAAUAUCCUUCUUUCAGGACAGAUGCUGGGAACAGGGAGAUGACGCAGUUAAGAUUUCAGCAGAACCAAGGCAGGUUUGGGCCAAGAACUAAAGUGCACAGUUUGUUCCCGGUACAUGGCUCUUCUUCUACAUUGGAUCAUGUUCCUGUAACUCCUCAGACAAAUGCUGCUGCUAAUGCCCGGAUGAGAAAUCCAGCAGGGAGGGAAUUUCGAAAACAAAAUUCUGCUCCAGCAGUCCACAAACUCCCAUCUCUCACCAAUGUGAGAUCUCAGAGCAGCAAUCCUAGAAGGAACACUGGUGCUUUGAGUAGAAGUCCAAGCUGGACUCUCCAGCAAAGAACACCAUUGGUGAAUCCUGUUCAGAAUGGACCACAACCACGAACAGCCCCACAAGUGCAGACUGCCAGAGGCCGGAUGGUAGGACCAAAUGUCUGCGGGGGACAAUGCUGCUCAGGGUGGACAACAGCUCCUAGAACAAAUCGAUGUAUUAAACCUGUAUGUGACCCUCCAUGCCAGAAUAAAGGAUCCUGUAGCCGUCCCCAGCUUUGCGUUUGCCGCUCAGGCUUCAGAGGUUCCAGGUGCGAAGAGGUAAUUCCCGAAGAAGAAUAUCAUCCUCCUGGCCUUGCAAGUGCCUUUCAGCCUCCGGCAGUUUCCCUUCCAAUGAGAAUUAACAGUGCAGAAAAAAGAGAGCCACAGAUACCUAUCAUACAGAAACUACCAGCUGGGGUUCAGAACAGAAGCAGCUCCCUUGUUACUUCUCAGUCAUAUACUGGAUCAUCCCGCACAGUCCGACGCUACCCAGCUGUAAAUCAUGAUCAUCUAACUUCCAAUAUAGUUCCCAAUGGGAAUGGAUUUGAACAGAGUAGAACUGGGCCACGAAUGGUAUAUCAGGAACCUGUUUUGUCUCCCUGGGGAGCUAACCUGACAGAAAAAAUCAGGAAGAUAAAAAUAGUGUUCACUCCGACAGUCUGUAAACAAACGUGUCACAAUGGCCACUGCUAUAAUAAUUGUGAGAAAGGAGACACUACCACCCUAUAUAGCCAGAGCGGACAUGACCACGACCCCAAAUCUGGUUUCCGUAUUUAUUUCUGCCAGAUUCCAUGUUUAAAUGGAGGGCGUUGUGUGGGCAGGGAUGAAUGUUGGUGCCCAUCUAACUCUACAGGGAAGUUUUGCCAUCUACCAGUUUUAAAAGCAGAAAGGAAACGAAUUCCAAAUAGCCUGGCAAGCAGCUCUGUGAAGCAUUCUAUGUAUACCCUUCCUCUGUCCAAUCAACUUGCUUCAAUAUACCCCUCCUUGGUGAAUGUGCAUAUUAACCAUCCCCCAGAAGCCACCGUGCAGAUUCAUCAGGUGGCUAGAGUAAAGAGUGACUCAGAGGAAUCAGAAGAGAACAGUGUGGAAAGUGUACAAAUACCCCAGCUUCCAGUGUCCUCCCAUUACAAUAAUAAUGUCACCCCAAAUAAUAAUGUUGUCAUUGAAAGCAACCAGCAACAGAGGUCCCAGGGCUUCAUGGGAAAAUGUUACCUGGAGACAGUACAUGGAAAGUGUGCUGAUCCAUUGCCUGGUCUCGCAAGGUAUGAGGAUUGCUGUGGAAGCGUGGGAGCCUUCUGGGGUCUCAGCAGAUGCAUUCCAUGCCCAGUGAAACCAGCUUAUCCAACAAUAGAAAAUGGACAUGUUGAGUGCCCACAAGGAUACAAAAAACUGAACCAGAGUCACUGUCAAGAUAUUAAUGAAUGUACAAUUCAAGGCAUAUGUAAAAAUGCAGAAUGCAUGAACACCCGAGGCAGCUUCAUCUGUACUUGUAAGCCUGGUACUAUGUUGGAUCCAUCACGCAGUCACUGUAUUUCGGACAAGGCAGUUUCAACAGAACAAGGGUCAUGCUAUCGCUCUGUGAUAAGAGGAAUGUGUACGCUGCCACUUAAUCAGCAGAUCACCAAACAGAUCUGCUGCUGUAGUCGUGUUGGCCAAGGAUGGGGGAGAAAUUGUGAGAUAUGCCCAUUGUUGGGCUCUGAAACUUUUAAGGAAAUCUGUCCAGCAGGCCAUGGCUACACUUACGCUAACUCAGACAUUCGGAUGUCCUUGAGGAAAGCAGAAGUUGAUGAGCUGCCUUCACUCAGCCCAGAGAAGCAAAGAGGACAUGGUGAUCAGAUGUCUAACGGGACAAUUAGACAGAAGGAAGUGCAAGAAGUUUUGAAAGGUGGUGCCAUAGAUAUUUUUUACCCAACUGACAUACCAGCAAGAAAAGCUGAAUCCUCAGAGGAUCAGGAUACAGAUGAGGUUACCCAAGAAUCUGAUACUAAUCCAGUGGAUGUAAGAGAGAAUCCCUCCCUUUCUCCUGCCAAACAAUUUCCAGUAGCUGUAGAUGAAACUUCUGCUUCAAGAGACACAGCAACAGUAUUCACAGAGAUAAAUCCAUGUUCCUCUUCACCUGAUAUGUGUGGGCCAGGCACUUGUGUGAACUUUCCUGAAGGAUAUACCUGCUUGUGUUAUCCUGGUUAUCAACAGCAUCCAAGUCACACUUACUGCAUUGAUGUUGAUGAAUGUGAGAGAAAUCCAUGUGAUGGGAAGGGUCACUGUGUCAACACUGAAGGCUCUUAUUCUUGUAUCUGCUUCUCUGGGUAUAGCAUUCUCACUUCACAAAACAUGCAAACAUGUCAGGAUCUAAAUGAGUGUGACCAACCAGAUGUUUGCCAUGGAGGGCAGUGUAUCAAUAUACCUGGCUCGUAUCACUGUGAGUGCAAAAUAGGCUACUUCCUGAAUCACAAAGGACAGUGUGAAGAUAUUGAUGAAUGUACAACCUAUAACAUCUGUCCCAGAGGACGCUGUAUCAACACCGAGGGCUCCUUUUCUUGUGUGGAUUGUGGUAAUGGCUAUAUCGCAUCAAUGGAUGGGAGAACAUGUGAAGAUAUUGAUGAGUGCAAUUCACACAUGGCCUGCCCACAGGGAAUCUGCAUUAAUACACCAGGCUCCUUCACUUGCCAAGCUUGUGAAAUAGGUUAUGUUCUCUCAUCUAACAGACAGUCUUGUGAAGAUCAGAAUGAGUGUCUGGACAGUGGCAUCUGCAGUCCCAAUGGUGAAUGCCUAAACAGUCAUGGAUCUUAUUUCUGCAUUUGUGCUCCUGGCUUCUCAAAUGCUGCUGGUGGAGUCAGCUGUCAGGAUGUGGAUGAAUGUGCUGAUUACUCCCGGUGUUUGCAUGGUCGGUGCAUCAAUACAGAAGGCUCCUACAGCUGCUUAUGUCAAACUGGCUUCCAGCACUCGCAGGAAACAGAUGACUGUGUAGAUGUGGAUGAAUGUGAAGAAUUUGGGGCUACUGCUUGUGGCAUAUGGCAAUGCCAGAAUACCUUGGGUUCAUUCCACUGCAUUAUGGGAUGUCCUCCCGGCUUCCAUCGCACACCAUUUGGUGAAUGCAUUGAUAUUGAUGAAUGUGCCAAUGAGACCCUGUGUGGAAGCCAUGGUUUCUGUGACAACACUGUUGGGUCAUUCCAUUGCUUGUGUGACCGUGGCUAUACAAAUUCCCCUUCAAGCCACGAUUGCAUUGAUGUGAAUGAAUGUGAGCUGAUGAUUGCAGUGUGUGGGACUGCACUUUGUGAAAACGUAGAAGGAGCCUUCUUGUGCCUGUGUCCAAGUGACCAUGAAGAGUAUGACACAGAAACUGGGGAAUGUCGCCUCCGAUCAGGCCUAGGGGAACCUGGAAGGCCUGUAUCUUUACAUCCAGAUAAUGCAGAGCGGAAGGAGUGCUAUUAUCACAUCAGUGAUGUCCCAUUGUGUGACAGUGUCUUAGCCAAUAACACCACAAAAGAGGAAUGCUGUUGCACAGAAGGAGCAGCCUGGGGAGAUAAUUGUGAAACAUAUCUGUGCCCAGUCAUUGGCUCAGUGGAAUAUAUUGAUAUUUGCCCCAGUGGGAAGGGCUAUAUUCCUGUAGAAGGAACACUGAUUUUUGGACAGACAUCUUAUACAGAUGCCAAUGAAUGUGAAAUGUUUGGCUUUGAAGUCUGUCGUAAUGGACAUUGUGUGAACACAGUUCCUGGAUACACCUGCUUCUGCCACGUUGGAUAUUUCUAUCACUCCAGUCAGUUUGCAUGUGUUGAUCUUGAUGAGUGUGAAAAUGAAGAGAUCUGUGCAAAUGGCAAAUGUCUGAACACAGCUGGCUCUUAUCACUGCUUCUGUAGCCUUCCUCUGGUUCUGGAUGUAAUCCACAAUCGCUGUGUCAAUGUUUCCAACAGUGCAGAUAAUCCGAAUGAACCUGACAGUGAAUUAGAAAUUUGUUGGCAGAAGGUCUCAACAAACUAUGUUUGUAGUGAACCAUUGCUGGGACGACAAACGACGUAUUCGGAGUGCUGUUGCAAUUACGGAGAGGCUUGGAGUCGGGACUGUGCACUCUGCCCUCCAAGGUCCUCUGAUGAUUUUUAUCAGCUGUGCAACAUAGUAAAUGAGGCUGGACUUCGAGAAAGGCCCAGCUAUGAGUAUGGAUCAAAUCAGGACAGUCAUCAAUAUGAGCUUUACAUCCCAGAUCUGGAGCCCUAUUUGAAUCGCUUGGAUGAGGAUGGAGUAGCUGAUACCAACAGAGAGGAAAGCAAUGCAUUUCAGGAUAGUGCAACAUCACAAAGACAACAGAUCCACCCAGAUCAGACACAGCCUCACUACAUGCCUGAGCACGUUGAACAGUACAGCAGCUUUGAAGGGCUACAAGCAGAAGAGUGUGGAAUUGUUAAUGGCUGUGAAAAUGGACGCUGUGUGCGUGUGCAGGAAGGCUACACUUGUGAUUGCUUUGAUGGCUUCCAGUUGGAUUUGAAGCUCAUGACAUGUGUCGAUAUCAACGAGUGUGAAGCAGCAAAUGCCUCCAUGAUUCUUUGUAAAGGUAAUGCCUGUGAAAACACAGAGGGCUCCUAUCGCUGCACUUGCUCACCUGGCAGUGCAGCUUUAGUGGAGCCUCACUGCAUUCCAGAGACUACACAAAAUCCAGAGGCGGCAUAAUUCCAAAAGAUGAGUUAAAGAGGAGGCAAUGUUUUCAGCUAUUUGCUUCAAGAACUGGAAAUCUGUGCAGCUGGACAAGUGUUUCAGGGAACUCAGCAGUUUUGAAACAUUUUAUUUCCCAGAAAGCAAAGACUCAACAUGUGGAUCUGUCCAAUUACAGCAUUUCUGCCAGUGUAAACACUCAGGGCCCAAUCUUCAUAUACUGUAUGUGCAUUGGAAAAACCAUCACACCAUUUUUAUCAGAGAUUUUUGGCCUUGUUACUAAUUUGCAUUGGAUAGAUCAGCAGUACACUCUUUCUUUCCUGUUCAUCUUUUGUUUCUCUGUUUAUAUCAUAGGUGACAAAUUUGUGCCCCCUGAAUUAUUCUCACAACGCUUUAUUGUACCAAUUUGUCUUACAAUGUCAUCUUACAUUUCUUUACCAUUCAUAGAAUGCUGCUUCCUAAAUUUACUUAUAAUCCUUACUCUAGCCUUUUCAGCUUUGUGUACAAAAUGGGUAUGUCUGCCUCACAGCUACUAAUGCAUUAUGUCCUCUUUAUAGCACGACUGAAGGAAAUUCACAUUCCACAGAUAACAGACAUUUGGCGUUCAAUUGAAUCCAGCCAAAAAUCUAUAUAACCUUCCCUUAAAGUUAUAUUAGCAAAACAAAAGACACAGUACCCUACAUCCAAGCCCAGAACAUAUUUUGCCCUGCAGUUAGAGCAACUAUUUAUAAUUUGAUUGUGGCUUGGACUUCAUUGGCCUUUUGGGGGCUUUCUGUUCACAACUACAUCCAACUGCACCUUCUGUGAUUGCUGAAAUGUUACUUUGGGAAGUGGGAAAGGUUAUAGCUCUUUAGAUUUAAAAGGAAUGUAGAGUUUUCCAUUGGGAAAAAAUACAACAUGUUAAAUAAAUGGUUUUUUUAAAAAAA